AUCGUGAAGGGCUGCUACCAAAAAUGAUGGAGGAGUUAGCUCAGCAAGCGGUUAAUGAGGUGUAUAGUAAGGAAAACACAGGAGCCUAUGAGAACUUGAGGUUUUCUUUUGGAACUGUGGUGGGAACAAUGAACAAACUAGCAAAUGCUAUGGAGAACGGAGAGUAUGAUUUUGAUGGCACUCAUGACAAGAAGAAACAUCCUCCAGUGAAACAGCGAGCUGAUGCCCUGAAGUCACAGGCUGCAGAUAUAGAAGUGAUCAAGUCCAAGGUAGAUGCCAAGGAGGAGGAGAUCAAAGAAUUAAAGAAACAACUCAAACAGAAGCAAGAUGAACUCAGUGAGCAACAGAUUCGCAUCAGUCUUGUGGAGAAAAAACUGGAGAACAAAAACCGUGAAGCAGAUGAAGAGCUGGCUAAACUUCAGCGCAAAUUGGAUGAUAUGGCUCUUCAAUUUAAGAAGAAAGAAAAAGAGUUUGAAGAGACUUUUGAUGCACUUCAGACUGAUAUAGAUACCCUUGAACAGGAGAAAACUGAGCUGAAGGAACGACUGAGAGUUCUCUCAAAGAACACCCUCUUGCAGAACAUGUCUCGUCAGUCUUCAGGACAGGGAGCUGUCAUUAGUGGAAGUGCCAGCCCUGUGGCUGGGUCUGUGAUUCAAGAAUCACCGCUGUUAGCCCAGCAAGUUGUGGCUUUAAGAGAUGCACUGCAGUAUAACAAACAAGAGCUGAUCCGACUGAAAGCUGAGAGAAUGAAAAAACAGAUGGCUGCACUGCCACCAUUGCAGGUUCCAAAAAAACCAGUAGGUCUAGCCAGUGCUACAGGAACUGUGCCCAUUGGAGAAGUCCCCGAUGGGGACUCUGCUAAAACUGACCUCAAUAAGCUCAUCAAGAGAACCAAGGAUCUUCUCACGUACAUCCUUUCCACUAACUUAUGCCCUCAUGUCUGCACACAGCCAGUGACUGACAGCACGGGACCCUUGCGUCAGUUUAUCGCUAGAACUGCCGAGCUGACAUCACUGGAAAAGUUUACACAAGAGCUUCAGGUCCAAGUCACGACCCUGUUGGCAGCCAACAGAACUGGUGGCCAGGUGCGAACAGACUUCUCCACAUUUCCAACUCCGCAGUUUGCCAGAAUGCUGCACGAGAAGUCAGGUGACAGUAUCAAGAUUGGAAGUGUGCAGAUUCCUGUCCAAGAUGGCAAGGGGGAGAUUAUUCCCAUACACAUCCAGUCAGAUCAGCUACGUCGCAUUCAUGGCAAAUUUAUUAUGUAG